GCUGGCCCCUGUAGCAGACUUGGUGAUCUUUUGCUUCCAGUCCCUUCUCCGAUUCAUUCACCUGCAUUUGUUCUCCUUUCCUUUUACAUUUAUUCAUUUACUUUACAUACACAUUCCCUGCCCGUUUCUAGCUCCAGCCUUUCGUCUGUUGAUCAUCUUGACUUGCAUCAACCACGCUCUUUGGUUUUUUCUCCGUUCCACUGGCAUGCUGGCUGUUAAUCAUUAGCACCAGCUACUUACACAGUACUCCCUUAAUCCCUAGCUCACGCGCAUCAUACAACAGACGAAAAACCACAAUCCUCCCUCGUAGAUCGAGGUCGCCCGAACUUGGAUUGCUUGCAUUUUCUUGCGUUUCUUUUUCUAUAAUCCUCCACAAUCACAAGACGACCACAACCACAACACAAUGGCUGAAGAUGGCAGUGCCGCACCUCCCGCCGCAGUCGGGGCCGGCCACGCAGGCGACGCGGGAACAAACUCGGCACACGACGGGCGUGGAAGGCGAUCCGGGGAGCAUCUGGAGCGCAUCGCGACCCCGCUGUCACCGGGCGCGACGACGCCACCGAACCCCUUCUCGCGCCAGCACACGUCGCUGGACAUGGACGACUACUUCAUCGGGCCCCGUGACACGCAGAAGCACUCCAAGUGGCCUCUGUUUAUGCAGAUGCACGGCAGCAUCCUGCCCAAGCUGAUCAUGCCUCUGGUGUUUAUGGGGCUCUGGGCCGGCUUGAUCACGUCCAUGCACAUGACCGAUUACUUCAAGAACCGCGGCGUCAGAGUCAGCGUCAACUCUGUACUGCUCACCGUGCUGGGUUUCGUGGUCGGUUUGGGUCUCUCAUUCCGCAGCUCCACUGCAUACGAACGAUACGCCGAGGGCCGGCGAUACUGGGCCUCGUUGAUCCUGGCCUCGCAGUCGCUGGGCCGCGUCUUUUGGAUCCACACGCGGGAGAGGGACGAGACCAGGGAGAAGGACAUACUCAACAAGCUCUCGGCCCUCAACCUGCUUACCGCCUUUGCCGUGGCCCUCAAGCACAAGCUGCGCUUCGAACCCUACACCAACUACGACGACCUGUCGCAGAUGGUCGGCCACCUCGACACCCUCGCCGGCGAGGCCACCAAGACCGACGGCGGCGCCACGGCCGUGAAGAACCCCAACAUCUUUAAGCGCUUCGGCUCCAUGCUGGGCGUGCCCUUUUGCGAGAGCAACCCGCGCAAGCAGCUCAAGAAGGCGAAGCGCCCGCUGGGAAACCUCCCGCUCGAGAUCCUCAACUACCUGGCUGCUUACACGGACGAGAUUGUGGCUAAUGGCCAACUUCCGGUCCCCAUGCAGCAGACGCUUGCUUACAACAACAUGGCUUUGCUCAACGAUGUCAUGGUUGGUACCGAGCGUGUACUCAGCACUCCGCUGCCCAUCGCAUACUCGAUCGCCAUUGCGCAGAUCACCUGGCUCUACGUCUUUUUGCUUCCGUUCCAGCUCUGUGCGACUCUGGAGUGGGUCGCAAUCCCCGCCACCGUCGCCGCCAGCUACAUCAUCUUGGGUCUGCUGUACAUUGGACGCGAAAUCGAACAACCCUUCGGCCUCGACCCCAACGACCUGCCGCUCGAGAGCUACUGCGCCCAGAUCGCAGCCGAGCUCGACGUGCUGGCGUCGCGCCCCAAGCCGCGCAUCAGCGAGUGGACCGAGCACCUCGAGAACAAGGUGCUGUUCCCCUACUCCAACGCCGGCUGGCACGCCUGGCUGCACCACGGCGAGACCAAGAUCCGCCAGGCGCUGCGGGCCAAGACGGAGCUCGAGUUUGGCCAGCGCAGCAGGAUGAUGGGCCAGGAGCACGGCAAGAACGAGGGCGGCAGCGGGCACGCGCACGGGCACGGCAGGUCCGUGAGCAAGCCGCAAGCGGCCGAGAAGAUUUCCGACGUCGAGAACGGGUUGGGAAGCAGGCAAUGAAAUCUGUGAUUUGUUGAGCUUGUCUUUCGAGGGAUGAAGAAGCUGCAUUUUUUUUUAUGUUGCGGGCUUGUUUUUAAUGCGUACGCGGGAGUUACUCGGCGAUAUCUUUCUUACUCUCUCCAGACUGGCAAAAUUUCCUUUUUGGGUAUAUAAAAUCUCCUUGUUCUCCCUAGGGAAACAAAAUGGAUGUGUAAUAAAAGGGGUGGUGAUUCUCUUGUGAGGUCAACCGUUGAACUGUGUCUAUGCCCGCAA